UGCAUGAUAUUCACCUUACAGAUAGAUGUACCUCAUUACUUAACCAUUCUCUUAAUAUUGAGAUUUGGGCUGUUUUUGGAUUUUGUUUUUCCUUUAGUUUUUUGAUAACACAGUUAAACAUUUUUGAGAUUAACAUCAUUAUUCUCUACCUUUAUUAUUGUUUCCUGAGGUUCGAUUCCUAGAACCAGGAUUACUGAAUCAAAGGGAAGGGCCAUUUUUAUAGAGUUCUUAAACAUGUAUUAUAAAAUCACAUUCCAGAGAUGUUAAUGCCAAUUUUCAUUUUCACCAUCAGUGUGUGUGAAAGUUUUCCCUCCUUGUGAAAGUUGCUUGUUGCUAAGCAACAGUCAAAAAUUACACAGAAGUUUAAAUAAAUUUAAACUUAAACUUUUCUUUUUCAGACAGUAUAUUAUUUUAACAUUGUUUCAGUGUAAUUUCUGUACCAAUAUCUUAACUUUUGAUAUAGCCUAGAAUGUUGUCCAAAAGAAAAUAGAGUGGCUUUUAGUAUUAGUAGUUACUAUUUUCAUUAUGGAAUUUUCACCCUUUUAUGGGAACGUCUCUACUAAUAGUUGUAUAUUGGAUGGGAAAAGAGUCAGACAAGUCCAUUACCUUCCUAAAAAAGAGCUAGUUUCUUGUAACCUUUCUUUAGUUUUUAAUCACCCCAGUAGUUUUAUCCCUCCCAGAGUCUGUGGGUUGGCUCACAUAUCCUAUGAGUAAAUACAAAUGCUUCCUUCAAUUGCAAGCAAAACCAAUACACCCCUUACUUAUAAAGUGAGUUAAAACAAGAAGAAAGAAUAAUAUAAAAACCGAAGGAAGGUAGUAAAGUAUUUAGCUUUCUGAAACAAUUCAAAUGGGGAUAGGAAGUUGGUUUUAAAUGGCUUAGAGGAGAUUAGGGUUUUAAAGUUGGAUAAGGAGUUUGGUGCUUUGGUUUAGGCGCGGCAUUGCUUUUAAAAGAUUACUUCCAUAUUUGACGACAAUUCUAACUGGAGAUUAUAAAGCAAAUAGUCAAUUUUAAAACACUACGGAAUACAAGAGGGCUUCUUUUUGUUGUUGUUUGUUUAUACAAAAUGAUUGCCUAGAGUUAACAGGCUGAGUCCUGAGCCCUCAUUUCAUAAUACUGCUGAGGAUCUAUCACCAGGGAGAACCCAGCAGAGGUUGUUCAAUGCACUUAAUUGAGAUUAUCUGAGCUUUUGGUUUAAAUUACUUUGGGAAAAGUCUAGGUACAAACGGCUUCUCUGAAAGGUAAACAUACUUAACCUCUAAGAAAAAAGGUUCAAUUUAAGUUCUUUGAAAUUCUUCAAACAGGUAGUAGCACCAACCCUUAUUAAUUAAAUUGGAGUAUGAACUGAAUAACGUGUAAAGAUUAAAUCUCUAUACAUCAGGUACAGGUGUUAAUAUAAUUCUAUUAAUAGUGUUUUCAUUAUUUUAUAGUUGUUUGAGAAUUCAAUCAGGUAUUGUGUUAGAAAAGCAACCCCUGACAAUUUUAGUAAUUUCAAAAGUAAAAAGAUACUAUGUACUGUUUUGGUUAUAAAGUAUAGUUAAUGAUAAAAUUUUAAAAAUGAAUUCCUUAUUCUUUUCCUUCUAUAAGAAGGUCAUAUUAAAGUGGAUCAAGAAUGGCAUAUACUGUAUGUAUUAGCUAUGGGUAAAUAGUCAAAAGUUGGUUUAACAUUUUUGCCCUAUCUUCCUCAGCUCCUUGACCUGUUUAUGGUUUGGGAUUGGUCUACUUAUCUAGCUGAUUAUGGACAGCCAGCUUCUAAGUACCUUCGGGUGAAUCCAAACACAGCUCUUAUUCUUUUGGAGAAGAUGAAGGAUACUAGCAAAAAGAACAAUAUAUUUGCUCAGUUCAGGAAGAAUGAUCGAGACAAACAGAAGUUGAUAGAGACAGUCGUGAAACAGCUGAGAAGUUUGGUGAAUGGUAUGUCCCAGCACACAUAGACUUGGAUUGCACUCAGUGAAACCAAAUCUGUGAUGCAACAUUGAUUUCUAACAAGCGUCAUGAUACAGUAAUUUGUUUGCAGAAUUUAAAAAUGCAGUAGAAAAAAGACACUGAUGAGAGAUUAAACAAGAAACAAAAAUAUCAUUUGUAUGGAUUUUUAAAUAAUUGGAUACUAUUUUAUAUAUGGAAAGUGACAAUUUUUUUCACUUUUACGGAAAAAAAGGCAAAACGUAAUAUAUAAAUCAGGUCAGAAAUUGUAUAUGAAACUGAUUGUAAAUACAUUCGAAAAACCUUAUAUGCCUCUGCGUACAAGUAUUUUUUUCAAUUCUUACUUGAAUGACUUUUCUGGUUUUUUUCAUCAGUAUCUGGUUUUGAAAUGUAAUCACGUCUGAUAUGGGAGUAUUUCACUGCCAUUUUGUAACUGUUAACUUUUAUUUUCAUCUGAAUAUGAUUUAAGUAGACUAAAUUUCCCAAUUCUGCAGACUCUGUGGGGGAAAUAUGCAAAUCUUUAAAGGUCCCUGAAAUCAACCUUGAUUUAACUCAGUAAGAAUGUGAAUUAUUUGUUCUGCUUGAGUGUUUUAAUUUAAUGGUUCUGAAUAUGAAGAAAAGGUGUUUGGCUUUCCUAAAGAAGCAAUGUUGUUUCUGUUUAGCAGGGUUAAUAUUUCUAACUGUAUUGUUUGUAGCUGACCCCAUUCUAGGAUUUACUUGGUUUGAUUUGGUUCAAGUUAAAAGAGGACAGGAAUGAAGCGGGAUAAACCACUUCAGGUGCUGCUUGUGCGAAGUAGAUUCGUUCUUACACACAGAAGUUACCACAGGGGUCAGGUUACUUUCUUCAAAUAGCAGGUCUCAGUACCUCUCCUCAGUAUGGAAACAAGCCAAACCAAAUGAACUCUGGAAAAUCUAACAUGAAUGUACAUUUUCUUCUGUGUAAAUUACUGGGUCCAAAUGGUAGUAUCAACCUGAUCCCAACAUUGUAUUUAUGCUGAAUAUUCCUUUUGCAUUUUCAGGAUUUAUGCCUGUAAGAAACUUACACUUGACUCUGUAAAAUAAGUGUAAAGAAUUAUAUGUACAUUUCUUGAUUUUGUGAUGAAAUAUUAAAAAGGUUGAGCGAGUUGUUGAAAAUGCAUUGCUGUUGCAUCUCUUCAGAGCUUCCUGAUUGAAAACAACUGCUUCCUUCAGAAGAACUGUUACUCCCUAGUUAUCGGAAUGAGGAGUGUCACCAAAACAAAGAUAAUAAGCAUUUAUUCUCUUGACCAUCUCAGUCCUAAAGUAUUUCACGUUUUAAAAAACACUACAUGGAAAAUAUGGUAAUUCUUCAGGCACAAUAAAAUCUGGAAGUUAGAAGAGGAGCGGUGAACAGCUAGCUCUUUUUUGAAAACUGGAAUGUGGCUGCCCCUCUCGCGCCUUACGCACCCCUGCAGGGCAUUCGGGAUGUCUCCCUGCCUUUGGUUGAGGCGCCCCCGGAUCCGGAGAGACGCAGCCUUUGUACUGCUUGGAGUAGAGAGCACUGUGGGUUCGUAGCUAUGAUGGUGUGAGAUUAACUUUCUUCUCUAAUACAUAUAACACUCCUGCCACUCCCCGCCAACCCUCGGGUUGCAUUGUAGGGGCCAGGGACGCCAAGAGCCCAGAGGACCAGACACAAAAAACCGGACUAGCAACCAGGUAGACCGACCGCGGUGGGGUGGCGUGGCCUUCAGAGUGGGAAGGGAACGGUGAAUUCAGCACUAGAGACCGGAAAGGUGCCCCGAGAUACCAGCUUCUGCUAGGAUUAGGGUGUCUCAGUGAAGCUUUGAGCAGCGAUGAUACUACCGUCUUUUGCAGGGGUCCUGAAGUGGUAGAUCAGAAACCGGGGUGGGUGUGGGGAGGUCGGGGAAUCUCGACCCCGGGUCUCGCUUGUAGGUGCUUGCAAUGCAAGGCAGGCAACGAAGACCUCAGUUUCCCUGGAAACUGAAACAAAGCAAAGGGGACAGACCCCAGCCCUUCAGCCCUGGAGUCCCGACAGGGGAAGGACACCUACAGCCUCGAGGGUGGGGAUGCCAGGGAGCCCGCGUCAGCCCAGGGCGCGGGGUUCGCCCACCCGCGGAGCUGCGGCGUACAGCCGGAACUUCUGGCGGGAAGCUGCAGGCCCCGCCCGAGGAUCUGCGCGGGGCGCGGCCCCUAGCCCAGCCGGAGCGCCGCUGCUGCUGCCACUCCCUACUCGUAGCCCCCGGGUGAGCGUGCCGCUGCCCACCGCCUCCAAUCAUUACUCUGCUCCGAGCGCUUUAAAUAUGCAUGGACGCGUCACGUCGUGUGAAUCGGGAUCGGUCCCUAGGGAGGGAGCCAAUAUCUAUAUAAAUGUGCCCUGGGUGGGCCUAGUAGGGAGGCAGGUGGGGCGGGGGUCUGCAGCCCCGGUGAUCGCAGCCUACGUUGGCAACACCGGUGAGUUGCUCCUCUCUUUGCUCUCCUUUGCUGCUUCUAUCAAAGGAGUGCUGACCCGGGGAGGAGGUGGGAGGGACCGGCGGAUGCCGGGCGAGAGCAGUCCCGAGGCAGGCGACAUCCCAGCGAGGGACUGGCAUUGGGGCCCAGAAGCCGUCGGACUAGAGGAAGGCACGUUCCCUCAGGGCGUGUGGUCACUGCCGCCUUCUACUACCAGUCUGCUUCUAGAGCGAAGUCCUUUUCCGAGAUUGUAAAUCUCGGUUUGUGCCUGCAAGACCCAGGCCCUUUCUGGACGGAGCAGGUGAGCACAGCGCGCUCCCAGUCCCUCAGCUCUCGCGCCCCGGGCGCUGCGAGCCGCCAGAUCCCCGCAGGCUCGCCAUGCUCCCCUGGGGGCUGAGCUGCCUGUCGGUGCUGGGGGCGGCGGGCACCGCUCUCCUGGGCGCCGGCCUGCUGCUCAGCCUGGCCCAGCACCUCUGGACGCUCCGCUGGACGCUGAGCCGGGACCGGGCGUCCGCCCUGCCCCUGCCCAAGGGCUCCAUGGGCUGGCCCUUCUUCGGCGAAACGCUGCACUGGUUAGUUCAGGGCUCCCGCUUCCACAGCUCCCGCCGGGAGCGCUACGGGACAGUGUUCAAGACGCACCUGCUGGGCCGGCCGGUGAUCCGCGUGAGCGGCGCCGAGAACGUGCGCACAAUCCUGCUGGGCGAGCACCGCCUUGUGCGCAGCCAGUGGCCGCAGAGCGCGCACAUCCUGCUGGGCUCGCACACACUGCUUGGCGCAGUUGGUGAGCCGCACCGGCAGCGGCGCAAGGUCCUGGCGCGUGUGUUUAGCCGUGGGGCUCUGCAGCGCUUCGUGCCCCGCCUGCAAGGGGCGCUGCGGCGCGAGGUGCGCUCCUGGUGCGCGGCCCGUGGGCCGGUUGCUGUCUACCAGGCUGCCAAGGCACUCACCUUUCGCAUGGCUGCGCGCAUCCUCCUGGGGCUACGGCUGGACGAGGUCGAGUGCGCGGAGCUGGCCCGGACCUUCGAGCAGUUCGUAGAGAACCUCUUCUCGCUGCCCCUGGACGUUCCCUUCAGCGGUCUGCGCAAGGGCAUCCGGGCACGAGAUCAGCUGCAUCGGCACCUGGAGGAUGCUAUUGCAGAGAAGCUUCGUGAAGACAAGGCUGCAGAGCCAGGUGACGCCCUCGACAUGAUUAUCCAAAGCACGAGGGAGCUCGGCCAGGAGCUCUCAGUGCAGGAGCUGAAGGUAGGUAUGGGAAGGUUCAACUUCUUUUACGUUCCUAGCAGGUCUCCAAACACACCCUGCAUCCUGCCCCCAGCAGGGUUCUGUUUGGCCCCACUUGAAGCCACGG